AUUUGAAAUUAAAAUGUAGGACGCUCUCCUAAAUCUGAAGCUGACCCACUUAUUAGCAUGAUCAUCAAAUGAAAUGAGAUUGGACUAAGAAAACACCCGCCCACCUAAUUCAUACUGCAAAGUUUAAGAAUGAGGCAGAGACAUGGUGCUCCAAACUCAAAUCUCGACAAACAAGAAGGAGAACUCAAAUCCCACAGACCCAACAAUGUUUACUCAACAAAAUCCAUCUUUGCACUUUGUCUAGCUUUUCGAAUAGUGAAUGCUCUAUUCAUUCAAACGUAUUUCAAUCCAGAUGAGCACUGGCAAUCCCUUGAAGUUGCUCAUUACAUUGUAUUUGGGUAUGGUCACUUGACCUGGGAGUGGAAGAAGGGAAUUCGUAGCUAUUUGCAUCCCAUGGUGUUUGCUUUGCUGUAUAAAGUUCUUGCAUUACUGGGUCUUGAUACUCCGUGGUUUAUGACCAAGAUGCCGCGACUUCUUCAAGCCUUCUUUUCAGCAGUUGGUGAUUUGUAUCUGUACAAAAUCUCUCAUGCUUUAUUCAAUAAUUCCGUGGCUAAAUGGGCUCUCUUUUGUCAAUUGGCAAACUGGUUCAUGUUUUUCUGCUUCAGCCGUACUUUGUCAAAUAGCUUGGAAACUGUACUUACACUGGUGGGUUUGUACUACUGGCCCUGCAUGAGAGAAUCUCAUCCUAACAUACCUGUACAUUCAAGGAAGUGGGGACUAAUUGUUGCAGCAUUAGCUUGUGCAAUUCGACCAACAAGUGGUAUCAUAUGGGUGUAUGUUGGCCUUCUUGAGCUGUUUGUGACAAGAGAUAGAUUGAGAUUCAUAGUUUUGGAGGUGUUUCCCAUUGGGGCUUUGGUGCUUGGCCUAUCCUGUUUGUUGGAUCGCUUGAUGUAUGGCUCAUGGGUCAUCGUUCCGUUUAACUUUCUUAAGUUCAAUUUUCUUUCCUCCGGGGGGGACUAUUAUGGAACUCAUGCAUGGCACUGGUAUUUCUCCCAGGGAUUUACUGUCAUGCUCUUCACUUUCAUACCCUUUUCAAUAGCUGGCAGCAUCAAGUGCAGGCAUUGGAAGUUUUCAGGCCUUAUUGCAUGGGUGCUAAUACUUUACAGUUUAUUGGGUCAUAAAGAAUUCCGGUUUGUCUUACCUGUGCUGCCAAUAGCCCUGAUGUUCUCUGGAUAUGCAUUAUCUGUGUUGGAAAGACCUCAUUUUCUAGAUGGUAAAAGGGCAGGCUCUUCAAAAACGCGUACCAGAUGGCCUUCAAAAGUAGGAUUUGCUGUUAUUUUCUUGUUAGCUACAAAUAUUCCAAUGGCUUUCUAUAUGAGUCUAGUUCACCAGAGAGGAACUGAGGAUGCCAUGGUGUAUUUAUCCAAGGAAGCCCAGCGAGAGAAGGUGAAAAGUAUCUUAUUCCUUACGCCCUGUCAUGCUACACCUUAUUAUUCCACACUCCAUUUCAAUAUACCCAUGCGUUUUCUCGACUGCUCACCAAGUGAAGAGAGAGGAGUCCCUGAUGAGUCGGAUCGUUUCAUGAUAGAUCCUGUUGGAUUUACAUCCGAAAUGGCGAAAAACUGGUCGCAGCCAAGUCAUAUUGUAUUGUUCGACUCAGAGGAGAGGCUGGUUAAGGAUUUUCUGGUUUCACAGUCUUUUCGAGAGAUAAGGAGGUUUUUCCAUGCCCACUUCAAGGUGGACCGUCAUCUUCAAGCAUCAGUUGUUAUUUAUGCAUCAACUCACUAAUGGUUUGCUUUUAUGGAUGGAACCGGUCUAUAUUUUUCCUAUCUUCUCUACCAAAUGUGUCUUCCUUUGGUGAUUUAGUUUUCCAACUGAACAAAGUUUGUUAAAAUAAAAUAGGAACAAUUACUAAUGCUCUCAUAAGGUAUGGGUAAAAUACACUUCAAAUUGUGUUAAUAAAAAGCGUUAAAAUUAUUAAUA